AUGCCUGCCACCAAGACCGCCGCCGCUGCCGCCCGCAUGCUUGCCGGCGCCGUCAUCUUUGUACCCAGCAUCGCUGGCACCGCCGUUCUCGAGAAGAAGGGCAUCGAAGAGAUGGCCGCCAAGAAGGGCAAGGCUCCCAAGGAGUUGGCUGCUCAUGAAAUGCCCUCCGCCCCCAAGUUCCACUGA